AUGUCUCUGGCCAUUGAGAAAGACAUGGGUUUGGAUGACCAAGUGAAAGACAAUGGGGGUGAUGAUGCCUCUCGGGUGCACGCGGGAAAAACCGGUGCUGAACAUGAAGAAAGUGCGGAUGAAGGGGGAGGGAACCUCGGCAGAUACAGGAGUGAGAGUUCCAUUGCUGCUACCGAGGAUGAAGAGGAUGAUGAGGAGAGGAAGAUUGAAUUGGGUCCUCAGUGCACUUUGAAGGAACAACUCGAGAAGGAUAAGGAUGAUGAGAGCUUGAGGAGGUGGAAGGAGCAGCUUCUUGGAAGUGUGGACAUAAGUUCUGUUGGAGAAACUCUGGAGCCAAACGUGAAGAUCCUUAGUCUUGCAAUUAAGUCUGCUGAUAGACCUGACAUUGUUCUUGCAAUACCAGAGGAUGGAAAUCCCAAGGGUUUGUGGUUUACUUUGAAAGAGGGUAGUCGUUACAGCCUCACAUUCAGUUUCCAGGUCGAGAAUAACAUCGUUUCAGGUCUCAAAUACACCAACACUGUGUGGAAAACUGGUCUCAAAGUUGACAGCACUAAAGAAAUGCUUGGAACCUUCAGCCCCCAAGCAGAGGUUUAUACACACGAGAUGCCUGAAGAGACAACACCAUCUGGGAUGUUUGCUAGAGGAGCAUAUACAGCAAAGAGUAAGUUUGUUGAUGAUGACAACAAGUGCUACUUAGAGAUCAACUACACUUUUGAUAUUCGAAAGGAAUGGCAAUGCUUCGCCAUGGUAGUGACCUCCCUUACCUUUCUUCCUCUUCCAACAACCACACCAACGUCAUCGUUGCCCCAUUCACGUUCUUUUUCACCACUAGAGUAA